UGUAACAGUCACAGAAGAAGACCCUGAUGUAUACAUGGUUAGAAGCCACACAGAUCCACACAACCACUGGAUAGUAGACUUGCAACUAGGGGAAUGCUCUUGCCCGGUAGGAUACAAUGGAACACCAUGUAAACACCAGCUCGUUGCAGCAACAAAAUACAUGAAGUCCACCAUCAACAAGAUUCCAACUGAUUCCCCAAAAGGACGCCAGCUCCUUGCAGGCAUAGCUCUUGGAAAAGAUUGCCAACCCAUUAGCUUCUACAGCAGUCUUCACCAAAAGUCAGAUGAAGAGUACUUGCAGUCCCUCUCUGUUGAUAUUCAAUGGCAUAAUGAAGACAUACGACAUUCUUUCAAAGAAUCAGCCAUGCUGGAUGAUGAUCUGUUCCAACAGAAAAGGCAGAAAACAACCAUGAAGGAGACUGAAAUACCCAGUAGUGGUGAAGACAAGAAUCAGACAAUCGAGACAGUCAAAACAAGUCUCAAUGAAGUCAUGGUUGACCUAGAAAUUGGACUUGCCCCCAACAUGACAAAUAAUGAUGGGUAUCUGAUAGCUGUUAAAAAGUUUUGUGAAAACUACUGGAAAUGUCGAGGAAAAUUAACACAUCCACCGACCAAGCAGCAGCGGUUGGUUUCAGCAUUACACACUUUUGGCAGUCAUACAGGGAUAACAAAGCACAGGCAAAGAAUUCGGUGCAGCCUACAGCCCUCAGCAGACGAAAACAUGUAAAAAAUUCAAGCUCUGUUCCUGCAAAAGCUGGCCGCCCCAGUGUGUUUAAUAGUAGGAGAGCAACUCACACAACUCCUUCUGUCAGUAGGUAUGCGAUGCCGAAGCGUAUAAAAAAGAUAAAGAGACAGCACAGUCUGUCCGCCAGUAUUCAGAAGAACAGCAAAAAUGCUUGACAGACUUUAUUAUAAACUUUAUACCUAGAAGCAUGUUUACUAUAGAUAUACAAUGUAAGGUAUAGAUUACGUGUAAGCCCAUGCAAUGUUCCUAGAGAGCUAAAAAGUUAAUCUAUGUCUACGUGACUAUAC